UAUAUGUAUUUAUUGUUUAACUGCGCUUGAAUUUUGGAGUGACUUUACAAUCGCUGUGUAGUAGUAAUACAUGAUUAUGUUUUAUUUAUUAUAAGUUCGGGUGAUCACAACGGUGAAAUUUUUUUUUUGUAAAAAUUAUUUUUCGGUAUACUUUUCAAGGAUUUGUUUAAAAAGUAGUGUGAACCGUACACUUUGCGUACGUAUAGAGCAGAGCUGGAACAGCUAUGCGUGAAAAAUGUUUCUUACCAAGCAUUUCUUCAGAGUGAGCAUUGUCUUGCUAAAAUUUAAUCUUGCAAGCAGAACAUUUUUAAGCAAAGCAGCAAACAGUGGUUCAACAAUUUUUGCUCUCUCAUCUGGCCAAGGAAAGUGUGGAGUAGCUGUUGUGAGAAUAUCAGGCAGCAAUGCCAGAGCAGCAUUGGAAAAAAUGACAAAUAUUUCCAAGCUUGAACCAAGAAAAGCUUAUUUGAGGAACAUAAAAAAUCCUGAAACUGGUGAAGUCAUUGAUCAAGGCUUAUGUCUUUGGUUUCCAAGACCUCAUUCAUUUACUGGUGAGGACAGCGUCGAGUUCCAAGUCCACGGCGGAGUGGCGAUCCUUUCAGCUUUGAUGACAGCACUAUCAAAGAUAAAAUUUCGUCCUGCAGUGCCGGGAGAGUUUACCAGACGUGCUUUUUUCAACAACAAGUUAGACCUUACUGAAAUCGAAGGCCUGGCAGAUCUUAUCCAUGCUGAAACUGAACAGCAGAGGAAACAGGCUCUGAUUCAGGCACAUGGUAAUCUCAGUACCUUUUACAGCAGCUGGAGGGAGAUUCUUUUGCGAUGUCUGGCGUACAUCGAAGCCUACAUAGAUUUUGGCGAGGAGGAUAACAUACAGAGUGACGUUUUUCAACAAUGCAACGUCGAUUUAGAAUAUCUUGCCAGUAAGAUCGAGAAACACUUGGCUGAUGGUAGGAAAGGAGAGAUAUUGCGUAGUGGCAUAAGGACAGUCAUUAUUGGUGAACCUAAUGUGGGCAAAAGUAGUUUGUUGAACUGUUUGGUUCAGAGAAACGCAGCGAUCGUGACGUCAAUUCCAGGCACAACGAGAGACGUCGUCGAACUGACGGCAAAUGUUGCUGGCUACCCAAUACUGUUGGCAGAUACAGCUGGCUUGCACAAAUUUUCAAAUGAUAUUGUUGAAAUGGAGGGUAUAAGGAGGGCAAGAGAUCAGGCUAUCAAAGCCGACUUUAUUGUGUUGGUUGUCAAUGCAGAGGAGUACGCGAAAGAGCAAAAGAGUUUUGAUCAAUACCUGAUCAAUUAUAUUAGGACUUUAGAAUUGGAGGACUUGCUGCUGGUAAAUGGACAAUUGAGUAGCAACUGUAUGAUUGUUGUAAAUAAAAUAGAUUUGUUAGCCAAUGACGUGAAAGAGUCCUUGAAGGCGCAUAAUUCAGUUGGUAUUUCUUGCACCAACGAAGAAGGAUUUCAAGAUUUGUUGGGGUCCAUGAGAGAGUACUUUGAAAAAAUAUGUGGCAAUCCAUCAGCAGAGAAUCCAACAAUUAGCCAAGAGAGGCACAGGAACCACGUCCGAGACUGUCACGAAUGUCUCUUGAAGUACUUUGACAUGAUAUCCCGAGAGAACUACGAUAUUGUUCUUGCAGCGCAAGAAAUUCGCAAGGCAGCUCGUGAGAUUGGGAAAAUCACGGGCUACGUCAGUACUGAAGAAAUCUUGGAUACGAUUUUCCAGAACUUUUGCAUUGGAAAAUAA